GGAAUAUGUAUUUCAAUUGCCACUUCCGGUUUCAAUUAGCAUGAUUAGCAAACUUUAAACGUUAAUUUUGAUUUAAAUAAGAAAAAAAUAAGCCUAUUAUUUAUAUAUUGGUAUUCUUAAACAUCUACUCAAACACAAAAAAUAUCCUGCGUGGCGAAGAAUAACGAACUUUUGACACAAAAGAGAAAUAAAGUUGGACUGCUAAUUUUGUCAUCAAACAAUGGCUGGAGUUUUGUUUGAAGAUAUUUUCGAUGUGAAAGAUAUUGAUCCUGAUGGGAAAAAGUUCGACAGAGUAUCCAGAUUGUUUUGUGAGUCUGAAUCUUUCAAGAUGGACCUGAUUCUGGAUGUGAACACUCAAAUUUAUCCUGUUGAUCUGGGUGACAAAUUUCGUAUGGUAUUAGCCACAACUCUUAGAGAAGAUGGUGCUCCUGAUGAUGGAGAGUUCAAUCCUACAGAUACUGGACCAUCAAGAGCAGACAGCUUUGAAUAUGUGAUGUACGGCAAAGUUUACAGAAUAGAGGGGGAUGAAUCAGGACCUGAUACAAGAUUAGCAGCAUAUGUGUCCUAUGGAGGUCUGUUAAUGAGACUACAAGGUGAUGCCAACAAUCUUCAUGGAUUUGAAGUGGACUCACAUGUGUACCUUCUGAUGAAGAAAUUAGCUUUUUAAGACCUCAGGACUGUUCACCACUGUGUUCUUUUCAAUGACAUUUUCAUUUUAUAUUGUUAGCAAUCAUAUCAGUAAAUUCAUAGUAAAAAAGCUGUUUUAGUGCAUUUUAUACAAUAAGAAAUAUUAAUAACAGUCCUGUGUUGUAAUAUUCUUAAAAAAAAUCAGUCCAUAGUAAGUGAAUAUAUUAUAUUAUCAAAAAAGGGAUUUUUGGCACCAUGUAAAAUUUUAAACAUUUAAUGAUAAUAAUACUUGUUCAGCAGAUGACCUUUUAAUUAAUAAUUAUCAAUAAAAGAUUAAUUAGAUUAGAACGUGAAGGAUUCUCCAGUAUUGGAUGCACAAGUCUUCCAAAUUCAUGGAUGGAUGCUCAAGGUGGGUGACUGCCAUCAUACUUAAAAAUAAAUCAGUUGGCAUCAUUCCUAGAAUUCACAUUUUAAAUAGGUUCAGUAAUAAAUACAUUGCGUUAUUAAAUUUGGUUACCUAAAAUAAGUGGAACAUCUUGUAUCAGGUAUACAUGAUUUCAAAAGAAUGGAGGGGCAAAUACAACGCAUCAUUUGGAGCCAGUAAAACAAAACAGGCCUAAACAAAAGUAGUGAAAGUAUCCAGUGAAUUUUGACUGAACAGAAAAUACAGGGGGAGGCAAACCCUUAAUGAAUCUUUUAUUAUUUCUCAAGAGUCCAAUUAUACAGUGGGCAAAAACCUUUAUGACCAUCCAACAUUUUAAAGAAAAGUUCCUUAUCUUAAUCUUUGUUUACAUAAAACAUUCUGCAGGACUUGAUUUGAACAGAAUCAAAGUAUUCAUUAAGAACCGAUUGCCGAUUGAAAUGGUAGUACCUCAGUUUUUUGGUAUAAGAUACAUUAAAUAUUGUAAAAUUACACACUACAAAUUUUCACUCAUAAAACAAGCUUAUUUGAGCAGUAUAUUAAUCAGAUGAAGUCGUGAAGUACAUGGGAAAUAUUUCAUAAACUUUUUUAUAUAAAUUGUAACUUCUACAUUUAAAUCUGUAGGAAGUUUUAGGCUCACCUGCUUUACAUAAAGAAACCAAUUGACACUUAUGUUGAAUCCAUUUCAGAUUUUUGUCUACACUUUCUGUAAAUCAAUUGUAUAUAAAUACAGUCAUCUUUUUAUCAUG